AUGAGCCUAGCGCCUCGGGAGGGAUGUGGCAAUACUGUAACGGUGUCAGCCGUGCUCAGGUGCUGGCACCUUCACAACUGCUGUUCAGCAGCAGACACUGCUCAGUGUCCCCGGGACAUCUUGAUCCCAGAGAUGGGAAACUGUAAAGGUGCUUCUCACUAUGGCCUGACCAAGGACAGGAAAAGGCGAUCGCAAGAUGGCUGCCCUGAUGGCUGCGCUAGCCUCACGGCAAGGACACCCUCCCCAGAGGUUUCUGCAGCCGCCACCAUCUCUUUAAUGACCGAUGAGCCUGGCCUAGACAACCCUGCCUUCGUGUCCUCAGUGGGGGAUGGUGAGCCAGUAGCCAACCCCUCAGACUCUAGCCGGAGCAGCCGAACGAGGGCACGGCCCUUUGAGCGCUCCACGAUGAGAAGCCGAUCUUUCAAAAAGAUCAACAGAGCCCUGAGCGUUCUUCGAAGGAUGAAGAGUGGGAGUGCCGUCGCCAGCAACACCGACCAGGGCAGGGGAAGCCCUGAGAACGCCACUGUCCCUGAAGUCUUCCCCAGGCUGUAUCACCUGAUUCCAGAUGGCGAGAUUACAAGCAUCAAGAUCAACAGAGCGGAUCCCAAUGAAAGCCUCUCCAUUAGGCUCGUGGGAGGCAGUGAGACCCCGCUGGUCCACGUCAUCAUCCAGCAUAUUUAUCGUGAUGGAGUGAUUGCCAGGGACGGACGUCUGCUGCCAGGAGACAUCAUUCUCAAGGUCAACGGAAUGGACAUCAGCAACGUCCCUCAUAACUACGCCCUGCGGCUCCUGCGGCAGCCCUGCCAGGUGCUGCGGCUCACAGUGCUGCGGGAGCAGAAGUUCUGCAGCAGGAGCAAUGGGCAGACUCAGGACUCCCAUGGACCUCGUGAUGACAGCUUCCACGUCAUCCUCCACAAAAGCAGCCCCGAGGAGCAGCUCGGUAUCAAACUGGUCCGCAGAGUGGACGAGCCCGGGGUGUUCAUCUUCAACAUGCUGAACGGUGGUGUUGCCGACCGACACGGCCAGCUGGAGGAGAACGAUCGCGUGCUGGCCAUCAAUGGACACGACCUCCGAUUUGGCAGUCCAGAAAGCGCAGCUCAUCUGAUUCAGGCCAGUGAAAGACGUGUCCACCUCGUCGUAUCCCGCCAGGUUCGACAGCCCAGCCCAGACAUCUUUCAAGAAGCUGGCUGGAUCAGCAAUGGCCAGCCAUCCCCAGGCCCAGGGGAGAGGAACACAGCUUUUAAGCGCUUCCAUCCUGCAGCCACUUGUCAUGAGAAGGUUGUAAGUGUCCGAAAAGACCCCAGCGAAUCUCUCGGCAUGACUGUUGGAGGGGGAGCAUCACACAGGGAAUGGGACCUGCCCAUCUAUGUCAUCAGUGUUGAGCCCGGAGGAGUCAUAAGCAGAGAUGGAAGAAUAAAAACAGGAGACGUUUUAUUGAGUGUGAAUGGAAUUGAGCUCACGGAGGUCAGCCGGAUGGAGGCCGUUGCCAUACUGAAGAGCACAUCGUCCUCAGUGGUCCUCAAAGCCUUGGAAGUCAGGGAACAGGAGCCACAGGAAGAUUGCAGCCCAGCAGCCCUGGACUCCAAUCACAACGUGAGCCCACCUGGUGACUGGUCCCCAUCCUGGAUCAUGUGGCUGGAAUUACCACAGUACUUAUACAACUGUAAAGAUGUGAUAUUACGGAGGAACACAGCUGGAAGUCUGGGCUUCUACAUUGUAGGAGGCUAUGAAGAAUACAGUGGUAACAAACCUUUUUUUAUCAAAUCCAUUGUCGAAGGAACACCAGCAUACAACGAUGGAAGAAUUAGGUGUGGUGACAUUCUUCUGGCUGUCAACGGUAGAAGCACGUCGGGCAUGGCACAUGCUUGCUUGGCAAGGAUGCUCAAAGAACUGAAAGGGAGAAUUACUCUCACUGUUGCUUCUUGGCCUGGUACUUUUUUAUAAAAUCAACGCUGGAUCUUAGAAAAAUCACAGAUAGGCUAAGUAAAACUGUAUUUAUCUUGUCAAUUUUUCUAUUUAAAGAAUAUAUUGUAAAAAAUGCCAGAAAAAGUAUGACAUUAUGAAAGCAAGUUGCACCUCAGAGAACGUUCUCAAAAAUAAAAACUCAUGAUAGUUUUUAUUUGGUGUGGAGGAUUUCUCAUCACUCCAGAUCUUUAAGUUUAUAUUUUUUUAUUCAAUAAAAGGCCCAUAAAAACUAAAAUGGUUUGUAUGCCACACUUAAUUUAAAUCAGUUGAAAAUGCGGUGUAAGUGGAGUUCAAGAAGGGGCACAUUGUGGGCACUUAAAUUUAAUGGCAGAGGAUUUAAAGGAGAAAUAAGUAUUUCUAAGUGACAGCUGUCCACUUACUUGUGGCUCUCAUCCUUGCACACACCAGUUCCCUGCCCCACUCUCUGCAAUCCCUCCCGGGAUCAGUUUGGAUUUAAAGCUUGGUUUUAAUAAGAAACAACUGAUCUAAUAUAGUACUGUCACUGAGUUUAUUUUUUCUCUUAAUACGGAAACAGUGUUGCCCCCCCCCCCCCAAAAAAAAGACCCACAUUCUAUUCUGC